AUGUCGAACGACCUCAACUCCAUUCGCCAGCGGUUUCGCGAGGUGCAAGAGGACGAUGCGUACCUAUCGCAGGAGCUCGAGCGCAUCCAGCGGCAGCGCGAGGAAGAGGCGCGCCACGAAGCGAAGCUGGAUUUCCGCGGGCUUCGGCUCUACCGCGAGUUGACCUCCACAUCCGAACCCAUGUACUGGCGCGAAAAUCCCGAGAAAACGGAGACCACGGGAGCUAAGCCAACCGCUCCGGCUGCUGGUAACCCUGGUAACCCUCCAGGUGGUAACAUGUGGAGUUACUCCUCCGUCGCUCCCUCUUCCUCGGUUCCGAAGCUGCAGCAUAUGGUUCAGCCGUCCGCUUCCGGAGUUACAUUCUACAGCGCGAAUGGCGGCGGAAGGAGCGGGCGAAUUGAGACGUACGAGAGUGCGGUGAAUAGCGGUGGAAGCGAGGGGAAGAAAGCUGAGAGCAAGAAGAGUAGUGGUGGUUUCGCGAGCUGGCUGAUGGGAGGAGCGGAUCAGGAGCAGCAUCUGCUGUGGGAUAAGCCGGAAUAUAAGGAGGGCGAGGCGAAACUGAUUCUCAUGUAUUCCCACGCGCCUUACGGCGAGCGGCGGCGGGGCCGCCCGUCGCCCGCGGAGUUUUACCUCGAAGACCGCGGCGAGCGCGAGCGACGUCGCGCGGAGAUCGGCGGAUUCAGCAAGGACCUGGACGAGAUGCGACAGCGACUGCGUGCGAUGCGAGUGGAGGAGACGCAGGAGAUUCAGCAGCUGCGGCAGAAGCAGGAACAGGCGGCGUUCGAAGCGGAGCAGGCGCAGAAAUUGCGCGAGCAGCAGAUUCUCCUCCUGCAGAAGCAGCGCCAGUUGUCUUACGCCACGUGGCGCGGCGAAGGCACGCGUCCGUAUGAGUCGCCGUUCGAUAAGGAGUCGGAGCUGCUACCCUCCGCGUAUCACGCUGUGGUCGGCAAGCCGCACUUACCCGUCGCGAACGCACCAGUAAGAGUCGACCACGUGGAGCUUCCUCCCCCGGUUUGGUCCGCGUCACGUUCGUCCGCGAGCCUCUUCAACUACGCGAGCCGCGGCACUGGCUCUAUUAGUCGGGCCACCGGAUCCGGCGCGCGCGGCUUGGGCGCCGCAAUGCCCGGCGCCAGCAGCGGCGCGAGCCGGAGCAGCGGGGGAAGCAGCUUGUCAGACGCCGUUUGCUCUAGCAGCAGCAGCGGCGGCUGUGACGUGACGGCUAGCCGUCAGCACUACGGGAGCAGGUACGUGACGGCCGGGGCCUACGGUCACGGCGGUAUCGCGAAUGACGUGGCGAUGACGUCACACCCGUUUAGCGGCGUUGUCCCUCCGUACACCGGCUUCAGCUUGAAGAGCGCUACGAGCGAGGCUGGCGAGAGCGCCCGAUACAAUCACACGCGCAGCGCAACCAGCAGCAGCAGCACGGACGAAAUCGACGACUCCGCGGAUUUCAACCCGCGCAGCCAGGGCAACCCGGUCGCGCUACCCGUUCCGAAACUCCCCAUUCCGCCUGCUCGCGCGCCUAACCCCCUCGUUGCUGCCUUACCGCAGACCAUCCCGCUCGCUACUAGCACAUUCGAUAGUGGCGCUCAGGACAGUGUCAUGGCGGGUGUUUCGUCCUCGCCGCCGUCCGAACCUUUGGAGGAGCUGCCAUCUGAACCGUCCACCCCGAUCGUCCUCUAUUCGCCCACCGCGUUCGCCGCUCGCCACCCCUCCAUCCAGCCGUCGUUUAGCUGCUUUCUCACCUCCUCCGCACUGCACUCCUCCGCUUCCCCCUUUUCCUCCUCCUCUCCCCCUUCCACCUCCGCCUCCUCGUUCUCCUCCCCCGUAUCCUCGUCUUUGUCAGCCUCGCUAUCCGCUACUGCUGAUGCUGCGGAUGCUGCCGAUUCCGAUGACGCGCCUCUUCUUUCGUCAUCGACUAAACGUGGCUCUGCGCACGCUGCUCGUUAUAAUCACUACGCGGAAGACGCGCUCAAGGCUUCCGCCUGGAGCCCUCCGCGCGGCUCUCUUUCGCCCCCUCCCAGCGGUUGCGCGGAUGCUGUUAUUGACGAGCCCUUGCCGCCCGCAGCCACGUCAGCGCAAUCAGACGUGGCAGAUGUGACUUGGCAGGCACCCGAGUCCUCCCCUGCGCAUUCCUUCGCUCACUCCGCAAGCCGCGCCGCGUUCGACGGUGGAGUUACUCCUUCUCUGCCUCAUGCAUCUCUUUUGAUGUCUUCUCACGACUUCGCGGAAAAUUCGGAUGAAGUAGCAAAGGCAGAGGCAGCGGCGAACGCGGCUAGCACCGUACCUGGCGCCGCAUCUUCCGCCGCGAAUAGCGCCGCAACAUCCGCCGCCGGUGGCAGCUCGUUUUCUCUCGGGAACCUCUUCUCAUGGACGCGCGCAGAAGCGACAGCGCAACCGCCCAAACCUGUGUCACUGCCGCCCACGCUUUCUCUCGCUUCAGCACAGGUGUUCACGGGACCAGAAUUUCACUCCACGUCAUCCUACUUCGUCUCCACGUCAUCAGGCAGCUCCAACCGUUCGAUCAACGGCUACGAUGCCGAAUCGGAGGGCAUCGACGGCUCACGGGCCAAGGAGGGGAAAGGAGGGGAGAAUGGAUUUGAGAACAUUAAAGAGGAUGACAGCAAGGGGAAGGCGCCCAAGUCGUCGUCUAAAGCGGCUGCUGCGGCCGCCAUUGCUGCCGCCGCUGCCGCCAAGAUCGCCGCGCUGGGGAUUGGGGGGAAGGCGGAGGAGAAGCGGCAUGCGGAAGGGGGGGAGUCGGGAAGCCGGGGGGAGGAAGAAGGGGGAGAAGGGGAAGCGGAUGAAGACGAGGAGGAGGAGGAGGGCGGAGAGAGGAGAGAGGGAGCGCGGAAAGCGUUCUGGGACGAGGGGGAGUAUGAGGGGGAGGGAGAGGCGGAAGAGGAGGUGAACGAGAUAUUGGAGCUUCAGGAGUGGAUGGAGGCGCAGAUGCUGGUUGAGGGGGUGCGGAGGGCGCUCACGCGCGGAGGGACCGGGGGAAGCGGAGCGGUCGGGGGAAGCGGAGUGGGGAGAGUGAGUGAGGUGGAAACUGGAGGGGGAGGAGGGGGAGCGGCAGCAGCAGGAGCAAGAGCAGCAGCGAGUGUGUGUGAUGCUGAGAUGGAAGCAUGGAUGCUUGCUCUGCCUCCGCUGGUGGUGAUGGCUCGUAGUGACGAUGGUGUUGAGGAGACUAGUGAGGAGGAAGAGGUGGUGGAAGAGGAGGGAGAGGAGGUGGAAGAGGAGGGAGAGGAGGUGGAAGAGGAGGUAGAGGUGAUUGAGUUGGAGGAAGGGGAGGAGCUGGAGGAGGGAAUGGAGGUGGUAGAGAUUUUGGAGGAGAGGGAGGAGGAAGAGGAGUAUGAGCAGCAUGAGGAGGAGCAUGAGGACGCAAGGGAAGAAGCGGAGGUUGUGGAAGAGGGUAGUGAGAGUGCGAGCGACAACGAGUGUGAUGAGGAUGGGCAUGGUGGGGAGGCGUAUGGAAGUGAGGGAGAGGAGGAGAGGGAAUUUGGCAGUGAAUGUGGAAGUGAGUAUGAGAGUGAGAGGGAGAGAGAUGAGGGGAGUGUGAGUGAGAGGGGCAGUGAGUGUGGGAGUGAGAGUAGAAGCGAGAGUGGGAGUGAGUGUAGGAGCGAGAGUGGGAGUGAGUGUGGGAGCGAUAUUGGGUCAGUGAGUGAGGCGAGUGAGGGUGUGAGUGUGAGGAGCGGAAGUGAGAGUGAGGAUGAGAGGGAGGAGAGAGAAGAAAAUGAGGAUGAGAGUGAGGAUGAGAGGGUGGAGAGUGAGGAGGAGAGGGAAGAGGGUGAGGAGAGGGAGGAGAGUGAGGAGGAGAGAGAAGCGGAGAUCAAGGAGUGCGGUGGUAGUGAUGGAGGGGAAGUUGGUGAGAGCGAGGAUGAGAGGGAGGAGAGAGAAAAAGAUGAGGGCGAGAGAGUGGAAAUUGAGGAGGAGAUUGAGGAGUGUGGUGGUAGUGAUGGAGGGGAAGUUGGCGAGAGUGAGUGUGGGAGUGAGAAGGGAGAGGAGGGCAGUCUGGAGAAUGAGGGAGAGAACGAGGAUGGGGAGGAGGGAGGUGAAAGGAACGCGGGAGAGGAAGCUGCUGAGAGUGAGUGCGGGAGUGAGUGGGAAGAGGAAGCGAGUUUGAAGAGUGAAGGAGAAAGCGAGGAUGAGAGGGAAGAGGGCAUUGAAGCGAGGGAGGAGGAGGAAAUGGAAGCGAGGGAAGAGACGGAGGAGAAGGUAGAGAGGGAAGAGGAGGAAGGGAUUGAUACCGAGGAGGGAGCUGAAACAAACAGUGAAGAAGCAGAAGAAAUAGUGAAAUCAGAAGAGGCAGAAAGUGAACUGAAUGGUGCAUGUGAGGACGCGGGUAUAGUAGUGUGUGAGGAGAGUGCUGAGAGUGUGGAAGAGGCACAGGAGGAAGAAGAGGAGGGACAGAAGGGAAAAGGAGUGCAGGAGAGUGUGGAGUUGAGUGGUGUGGAGAGAUUUGAGGGGAAGGACGAUGCUGCUUCGUGCAUUUCCCCUUCGUGCAGCGAUGAGGGGAGUGUGAUGGGUGGAGAGGGACACGUUAAGGAGAGAAGGGAUGAGACAACAGACGUGGCAGGGAGCGCUGACCUGGCGGGAACCGUCCUUGAUGCUGCUGAUGUGGCCGACGGUGCAGACGUGACAGAAGGAGCCGACGUGGCUGAAGAUGCGGAUGUGUCAAGUUGUGCUGAUGUGGCAGAAGGAGCUGAUGUGUCAAGUGGUGUCGACGUGGUAGGAAGUCCGGAAGCAUGUGACAGGCUGGCAGAGGACGCUGGAUUAGGCGCAGGGGGGAAGGAGGAAGGGAGUGAGGAGGAAAGUGAGGAGGGAAGUGAAGAGGAGAGUGGGGAGACGACGGGUGAGGACGAAGCUGGUGUGGAGGAAGAGAGCGGUGGGGCUGAGGAGAGUGUGGAGGAAGGAGUAGAGAGAGAGGAGCACCAGGAGGUAGCUGAGGAGGAAAGAGAGGAUGAGGAGGUGGAGGUGAAGGGAGAGGAGGGCGAGGAGGGAGAGGAGGUGGAGGUGGUGUAUGAGUAUGUGAGUGAGGGGAAUUCGGAAGUAGGGGAGGAAGUGGAAGUGGAGGAAAUGGACGAAGCAGAGGGAGAGGAAACUGAAGAGAAGGAGGAAAUGGAGGGCGAGGAGGUGAAGGAGGGAGAGGGGCAUGAGGAGGAGGACGAGGGAGCGAGGGAAGAGGGAGUUGAAGUGGAGGAAGAAGAGGAGGUAUUGGAAGCACAGGCAGAAGAGGUGGAAGAGGAGGGAGCGGAGGAAGAGGGAGAGGUAAAGGAGGAGGAAGAGGAGGGAGCGGACGAGAAGGAAGAGGAGGGCGAGGAGGAAGAGGUAGAUGAGGAGGACGAAGAGGGAGUGAUAUACGAGUACGUGAACGAAGAGGAUCUCGAGGACGGGGAGAAAGAAGAGGAGGUGAUGGAAGAAGCACAGGCAGACGACGGGGAAGAGGUAGCGCAGGAGGAGGGAGAGGAGGUAAAGGAGGGAGAGGAGGGAGUUAUAUACGAGUAUGCUAAUGAGCAGGAUCCUGAAGACAGGAAGAAGAUGGAGGAAGCGACGGAGGAAGGAGUGCAACUAGAGGAGGGCGAGAGGGAAGAGGAGGGAGAAGAGGAGGAAGAGGAGGGAGAAGAGGAGGAAGAGGAAGAGGGAGAAGAGGAGGAAGAGGAGGGAGUGAUCUAUGAGUAUGUGAACGAGGAGGAUCUCGAGGAAGGGGAGGAGAUCGUUGAGUUCGUGUAUGAAGACGAGGAGAGAGAGGAGGGAGUGGGAGAGGAGGGAGAGCAGGGAGAGGAGGGAGAGGAGGAGGUGGCAGAAAGUGGGGAAGAACAGGAGGAAGGGGAAGAGUAUGAAGAGGAGGAAGGAGAGGAAGCGUAUGAAGUAGUGGAGGAGUUGGAAGAGGAGGACGGGGGAGAGGGUGGGGAGGAGGGAGAAGAAGAGGAGGAAGUUGAUAUAUUGGAGGGCGAGGGGGAAGGGGAGGAGGUGGAGGAGAUAUUAUCGGAGGAUGAGCGGGAAAAGAUGCUGGAUGAUAAUGGUUACCUUGAUGAUGGUGGGGAGGAGGGGGAGGUGGAAGAGGGGAUUGUAGGAGAGGAGAGUGUGGGCGCGGAGAGUGUGGGCGAGGAGGAUACGUUGGAUGGUGGGGAAAAGGGGGAGGUGAAGGAGGAGGGACAGGAGAGUGUGGGAGGCAUGGAGAGGGACGGAGAGGACGGUGAGGUAGGAGUGGGGAGUGAGGAUGGAGAGGGAAGCAGGGGAGAGGAGGGGAAAGAGGCGGAGGGAGAACAUGGAUCUGGAAGUGAGGAACACAAUAACGAGGAUGGGGAAUGGGAGGGGGGUGCUGAGGAACGUGAGGAUGUGAGUGUGGGUGGGGAGGAGGGGAGUGAGUAUGGUGAUGAUGUGAGCUUGGGGAGUGAUGAGGAGUACGAGGAUGUUCAGGAGGAGUAUGAAGAGGUGGAGGAGGAACUGUCUUACACUAUGAGUGAGGGGGAGGGUGGGGAGGAAGUGAGUGAGGGAGGUGAAGAGGGAGAGGGUGAGGGAGUGGGAGAGGGAGAGGAAGGAGAGGCUAUUGAGGAGGGUGUUGCAAACGGUUCAGAGGGAUCUGGGGAGGAGAUUGAGGAGAGCAGAAGUGGAGAAGAAGAUUCGAGUGCACAUGAUUCGCCUCACAUGAGGAUUGAAGAGGAGAGAGUGAUGGGAGAUGGAGGUAUGGAGAAGGAUGAAGAGGCGGUGUCCGAGGAUGGAGAGUGGGAGGAAGUGGGGUCAGAGGAAGGCUCGUGGGAAGAUUCAGAGGAAUUCUCAGAGGAGGGUUCACAUGGGGGCGAGUUGGAGAGCACCGGACAAGAAGCAGCAACCAGUGCUGCCUCUACACCAGCGCAAAAGGAGCAGAAGCAGAGGGCAGGGCGGAGGCGGCGCAGGGUGCACAAGGCGGGAGUGUCGUUUGGGAAAUUCAUCCCCGCUGAGUUGAGCGAGCUGGAGUCCCACGAGCUGGAGGGGGAGGGCGAGGCGGAGGGGCACAAAGGGGAAGAGCAGGAUAAGGGAGUGGUGCUGUGCGGUUGA